AUGGCCAAACCCAAACCCUCCACCACCACUCAUGAACACCCUUCAAAACGCAAAACCUCUAUCUUUCUAUGUUGUUUUGGGUCUUCCCAUGCCAUGGAAUCACCUCCCACCAAAGGGUCUGAUCCUGUCUCAAAGACGAAGAAGAAAGCUACUAUUGCGAGAUGGUUUUCACGGCUAAGGUUUCGAUUCAACAAGAACUCACCUUACAAAACGGUGCCGUUUGAACAUUCAAUUAAUUCUGAUCAAGCCAAUCAUUCCAAGACCAAGUCAAAGUCAACCCUUCACCACAACACUCAAGCUCCGGCAACCACCAAUCCUCCGCCGCCGCUGCCUCAGCCGGCUCCACUGCUCCCCGCCACACCCUAUUAUACCCCCACACAAACAAGGCACGGUGGGAAGAGCAACAUAGAGGACACGCGUCAGCAGGGGAGAGGUUCUCCAGCUCACGCUAAACUGCAGGCGCGGCGGCUGCCGUCGACGUCAGUGGAAACGAAAACGACAAUUAGGAAGGCUCGAAACGACGGUGUGGUUGGGAUGUCGGUGGUGGUGGUGACAUUGGUGAUAAUGAUAUUUUGGGGUCGUUUAUGCGCCAUUCUCUGCACCUCGGUGUGGCUCUACUGCGCGCCGCGUUUGAGGAAGAGUGGUGGCGUAAACGACAAUGGAGACCCUCGAAAGACACGAUCCUACAACGUGGAUUUGGAUUCGGAGGAGUAUAAGAAGAAAAGUUGCGAUGGCGAGAAGCUUGCGAAGGUGGUGUGGUGGCGUCACUGCCAUGACUUGCUAGAGACCCCGAGUGUGAGGGAGAAGAUCGAGAAAGACGUGAGUGGUAGUGCCGGCGGAGAGAGAUGUCGAAGGAGUAGGCCUGGUGAGUGA